AAAAAAAGUUUGUUAGAAGGAUUCUUCUCUCUCUCUAUCUCUUCUCUUCUUCUUAUCUCCCUCCAAAGACGGCGACUGUAAUCUUUUGUCGUAAGAUCUCGCCGGAAAUACAAAAAGAGUAUAACAACAAACUUCUCUCAGAUCAGAUCUCUGUUAAGUUUCAUACCUCAAUCUUACCUUUUACGCUACUCACUUUCUUCAUCUGUUUCUGCGCGACGGAUUUGGUUUUUUUUUUUUUUGGUUUGUUUUCGUCGUUAUCUGACGCCGGAGGUGUUAGCGAUUUGAAACCGUGGCUAUACGGAGGCAGACGAAAGAAGAAGACGAUGGAAGCUAAUAACGGGAUUGAAAGCUUGAUGAAUCAGACGAAUCUGAGUCAGGAGAGAGAGUUUAUUAGAAGACAUCAUAAGCAUGAGCUUUUGCAGAAUCAGUGUAGCUCUACGCUAGUUAAACAUAUCAAAGCUCCUGUUCAUAUUGUGUGGUCGCUGGUGAGAAGAUUUGAUCAGCCACAGAAGUAUAAGCCAUUUAUUAGUAGGUGUGUUGUGAAAGGGAACAUGGAGAUUGGUACUGUUAGAGAAGUCGAUGUUAAAUCUGGUUUACCAGCUACUAGAAGUACUGAGAGGUUAGAGUUACUUGAUGACAAUGAGCAUAUUCUCAGUAUCAGAAUCGUUGGUGGUGAUCACAGACUCAAGAACUAUUCAUCUAUCAUCUCUCUUCACCCUGAGAAUAUAGAAGGAAGAAUAGGGACACUUGUGAUUGAGUCAUUUGUGGUUGAUGUACCGGAAGGGAACACAAAGGAUGAGACUUGUUACUUUGUUGAGGCUUUAAUCAAAUGCAAUCUUAAAUCUUUAGCUGAUAUCUCUGAACGUCUUGCGGUUCAAGACACGACUACAGAAUCCAUUAUCAACAGAGUUUGAUGACAAGGGUCGAGGAAAGAAACUUAUAUAUAUUGAAUGGAGAGGAGGAAGAGGAGUCUCGAGAGAUUUGGUUUGCCAUGGAUGAAGCUCUCAAAGGGGAAAAAAAAAAAGAGAGCGAGUCUCUUUGAGGAUGGACAAGGCAAAAAAGAAAAAAAUAUCAUCAUCAUUUUUACAUAAUAAGUUUCUCUCAUUUGAUGCUAUUUUUGGGGUUCUUUUCACUUUCAACCCUCUUUUUCUUUUUUUUAAUGUGUCUAAUUUAAUGAAAUGUUUUUUUUUUUGGUUUCUAUAUUAGAACCAAAAUACGAUUUUGGGAGUUUUGGCUUUAGUCCACUUGCAGGAAUCUUUUACAAUUUGCAGAGACAAUGUUAAAAGUGUGAUCAUGGGGUUC